AAUCACAAAUUAACCAUACAAAUUGUUGAACACCAAUCUAGAAAACACAAGAAAAUUGAAGCGAAUCACAAAUUAUCCAUAAAUAACAUGAUUAAUUGAAAGUUUCUUCCUCCUUGUCAAUUAAGUUUUUUCACUCUCCACUCAAUAACAUCAACUUCAUUCUACACAAUUAGAAAGAAAAAAUUAGACAUGUCUCCACAAACAUAAAUAAGAUUAGUUGUUUAGAAUAUUAAAUAUACCGAGAAAAUUAAUUAUAUGGGUGUGGGCGAGUACCCAUAGGGCGGGUUUACCUAAACCCAAACCCAAACCGGUGAAUAGUGAACGGGUUUAAACCCAAACUAGGCCCAAAACCCGUCAACGCAGGUUUUACCCGCAUUGACCGGGUUGAGUCGGGUGGGUACCUGUGGGUUCGGGUUUUAUUGUCAUUCCUAAUUGGUAGUUAUGUUUGGAUCUUAGUAUCGACUUAUUAAAAAAAAUAAAGAGUUGAAAUGUAAUUGAGUGACGACCCAAAUAACGCUAAUUUCCCCCUGCAAUUCAUCCUCUAGUAUCAUUUCACUUCUUUCCUCAUUGUUACCGGGAUUAUGUUAGUGGUUUAUUACUUCGUAUAUGUAUUGGAGUUAGAGAUGAAUGCUUUGAAUAUUAUUGCACAAUGAUUCGAAAACUUCCUCUCCUCUUUCUCGUCCCUCUCUUACCGUCAGCCUAAACCGAAUUCUUCUCCUACUUUUCUCAUAUACUACUAUUUCUCUAAAUUCCUAGUUAUAUUCUCAAUUCUCUCCAAAUCGCUAAUCAUCAAUUGAUCCUGAGACUCGCAGCCCGAUCCGAGACACCCUACGGCCACGGUUAGAGGUGGCAAUUAUGAUUCAUAUCCAUGAAUCAAAUCCAAUUCAUACACUAAAAUAUCCAACUAAUACAAUCCAUUUAAAUACAAUUCAUUUUAUCCAAACCCAAUUGGAUUGGUGGAUUCAUGGAUUGAUCCAUGGAUCCAAAUGACAAAUUACAGUUUCGUACUUGUACUUUAUAUAUUUUACAUUUUAAUACCUAAAAUUAGAUUUGUAGAUGAAAAAAUAUCAUUAAAAAAUUACACUUUGAUACUUAAAAUUUUUCAUUAUGACAUUUUAGUAUCUAAACUUUUCAAAGUUACAUAUUGGUCCAAGGCUAGGAUAUCAUUUAGAUUCAUAGAUCAAUCCACCCAUUCAUUUGAUCCAAUCCGCUUGAUUCAUAGAUACACUAAUCCAAUCUAUCAAUCAGUGAAUCUAAUCCAUUUGCCACCACGGUUUCUAAAAAAACUUAUUAUCUUAAAAGUCACCUAUUGAAAAUUAGAUAUUAAAAAUUAGUUUCAUGGUUUUUUGUGGGGAUAUCAAGUUCCUAGGGCUAGAGUGUACACUACAGUUUUGAUUGUUUAGCAAGAACGUCGUAUAGUCGUCAACUCGUCAUAGAGAGAGCAACAAACUUCAAUUCGCCAUUCUAGGUCUGCCGCUUGAAGCUACGGGGAAGAGCAGGCCGCCGCCGCCGCCCAGCCUAGGAGUGAGAUGAGCAGCCGACGCGGCCCGCCGAAGCACCAAAACGAAUAUGCUUGGAAGCCUAAAGCAGGCAUCAAGAUCAACGAAACGGAAGUCGGCGGCAGGUUCAGGCCCUUACCGGCGAUUUGCGGAGUGUGCCAACGAUGUAAAGAUCAGAUCGAUUGGAAGCGCCGCUACGGCAAGUACAAGCCUCUUACCGAGCCGUCAAAAUGCCAACAUUGCACCAAGCGUGCAGUCCGUCAUGCCUAUCAUAACUUAUGUUCAGGAUGUGCCAAGGAGCUAAAGGUAUGCGCAAAGUGCCAGUGCCGAGUGGACCAGAUAGUUGGAAGGGAUUCUGAAGUUGCCGAGGCUGAGCAGAAGAUGCUCGAGGAUGCCAUUAAGAAUGCCCGGGAGAGAGAUAGGAGGACCCUCCUGCGCUCGAUGGGCAAAGCUAAAACCAAGACUUCAGCAAUGGCACCAACCACAGAAGGGAAUAAAGUGGGGGAUCUGUUUCCUACUGUAUCACUGGAAGGAUAUGCUGCUAAAGUAUCCGCUCUUCGUAUAAGUGACACUAAUAACAGGGACCUCCAUGAAGGAGAAGAAGGCCACGACUGUGAUGAACAAGACGGAACAAGAUAUGAGGAUGAGGAUGAAGAUGAAGGAGAGGGGGAUGAUAGAGAGGAAGAGAAUGGUGAAUUGAAAAGUGGGAAUGGAGUUGAACAAGCACUUCAACAUCAUUAGGAUUGAUAGCUAUAUAGGCACUCGAAGAUGGAAAUGUGUCACCUUCUAGAACUGGCAAAAUAGGGAUGCAGGGUAAUACAUAUUUUGUAGCCUAUAAUGUUUCAGAAGAAUGCUGCUACUAUUCAUGUAUGAAGCAAUUUUGGUUUGUGAUCUCACUUUUCUGUACUUAUGUCCUUCUAUUGAUCAAAGUAUGGCUGCACUCAUUCCGGAGCUGUCUGCUCUUUUCCCUAUAGUUAUAUCAUUGCAGGAAGGAUGGAUUCCAGACUAAUACAAAAAGUCACAACGUUUUGUAAAAGUAUCUCUACCAAGAACUUGUUUGUAAGAACCGAAUUAACCACUAUGAAAAAAGAAGUAGACUUCCGUCUCAUCUGAAGUGCUCUGCUCCCGAUGUAGAAUGCUUCAACCGGAAGGGAUUUGCCUUCUCCAACGCACAUGAAAUAAUUAAGAAAAGUAAUUUGGAGUC